CUUUUUAGAAAGCCUAUUUUUGAUCUAUGAUUGUUGUUGAUGGUGAAACCGUGAAAGACUGUAAUCGAUACGGCUGAGAUGGCUUAAUCAUUUGAUUACGAAAAAUGUGUUUAAUCCCGGUUACGAUUUGCCCUGUUAGUAGCAUACAAAAACCAAACAGAUUUGAUAUUAUUUCACAACAUGUUCAGUAGAAUUUAGGUAUAUACUGUGUACUUCACUUGCGCAUGUUAUUUUCUGUUCAAUUUUUUUUGGACUAUAUUGUAUUGUUUGGCACAAAUUAUUAAGAAAUGAUUUAGAGCAUCUCUGUGUUUUUUUGGGAGUCAGCAUCUAGAUCUUAUCUUUUUCAAUAAAUAAUCAAAAGAAGCCAAAGUCGGUCCAUCGCGGCAAGCAUCAUCCUUUACAAAAAUACAAAAAGACGUUUCAUAUCACCGAUCUGUCAUAGCCACAUUAAUUUAAGAAUAUCUUAUGGUUAUAUUAUUUUACCUUAUUAAUACGGACUAUUAAACAAUUGCAUUAAACAUAUUAAACAAAGUGUUAAUUGCAUUAAACAUACCAAAAUCAAAAAAAAAAAUGUCAAAAGAUUCUCUCCUUCCCUCUCUUUCUUGACCGUCCAAUUUCUGUGUGUAUUUUUUUUCUUCCUAAAAAAAUCAAAUCUAACUUUCUCGUUUUUUUAUUGUUCCUCUGAACUUCUCAGAUCAUUCUUCAUUCAUCUUCUUAGCAACUCUCAAAAACUAUAAAACUUCCAGGUUUCAUUAGUUUAUGUUAUUCAGUUUGAAUCGUCUUGAGAGAUCUAAAGUUCUGAUAGACUGCAAUGGCUGAAGAGAAUGUUUCUCAAGUUAAAGAGAUGAUGAUACCAGAUGAGCAUUGUUGUAUCCGUGAUGCUGAGAUCAUUCAAGAAACCUCUGUUGAAACAAUGCCACCUCUAAUGGUUGAGGAUGUUCUUCUUAGUCCUCCUCAUCCUCCAGCUGCAGUGUCCAAUGGUAUUGUGAAUCCGAGACGGCACUCGACUGGAGCGUUAGGUAAAGCUCAGGCUCAGACGCGUUACCGUGGGAACCAAACGAGCUCGACUCAUGAUCUAUGCAAACACGGGAAGAGGCGUGAGGAAGAUUUGGUGGUCAAACCGUGGAAGUUGGUUAAGAAAAAGGAUGUUGAAGGUGAGACUUUGAGUUCGGUGAGGAAGUCGUUUCAGGUUGCAAAGAGAGAUGCUAGUGAGGUUGUCAAAUCUUGUGAUGGGUUACAACGCGCUAAGAGAAGUGAAACAAAGAGUGAUUCACCUGCUGGUGGUGUAAGGAUGGCCAAGAAGACAAACCUUGAUGUUAAGAAGUCUCCUAGGAUCAGUGAGAGCAAGAGUUCUAAAGAGGAUCUUGUGAAGAGUCUCAAGAACAAAGAGAAGAAGACGGAGACUGAUGAGCUGGUUAGAUGUGAUGAUGUGAUAGAGAAGAAGGCUUCAAGAUCUUCCAAAGAGGAUCUUGUGAAGAGUCUCAAGAAGAAAGAAAAGAUUGAUGAGCUGGUUAGAUGUGAUGAUGUAUUGGAGAAGACUUUAUACGUUGUUGAAUCUAGUAUUGAGGAGAAGAAGGUGAUAAAGAAGAAGAAGAUCAUCACAAGUGUUAAGAGUGAGAUUCAGCAAUCUUCUGUGAAGAAGAUUUUAAGACAAAGAGCUCCUACACUUAUACCGUCUUUGUCACCAUCCUCUGAGGAGGUUAAAGAACCAAGGGUUACUAAGUCAGAUCCUAGGCCAAUAAGAAAGAUUACUUCAAGGUCCAAGACUAGUCUCUCUGAGAAGAAAGAGAGUGCUUCUGCAACUCUUGUGACUAAGCCAAAGAGGAUUGGUUUAAAGGUCACUCCUCCUCCUCCUCCAACGAGGCCGGUGAGUUUCAGGAAAGGGAAAGUUCUUGAACCGAAACAAGAAGAUUCUACUCCAACAUCCAUCAAGUUCAAGAAGCGAGUUGUUCAAGAACCAAAGCUCAGAAGCGACGGGAACAAGAAGAAGAAGAGCCUGAAAAAAGAUGUUGGGAAGGUGAGUAGUUAUAAUAACAGCGGUGAAGGUAAAAGAGAGAAAGUUGUUUUGAGGCAUAGGAAAGUGGAAGCGAAGAAGAAGCUGCAGACGCUUUUCAAUAAUGUGAUUGAAGAGACUGUGAAUAAGCUUGAAGAAGUGAGGAAGAGUAAAGUUAAAGCACUGGUUGGUGCUUUUGAAACUGUAAUCUCUCUUCAAGAUAAUGAUAUGACAUCUCAGAAGAAGAAGGUACAAAGCAAAUCCACAUCUUCACAAGUCGCUGAAGGCUAGUCCCUUGAGCUUGAUUUGGUGAAGAAAGUGAUAUAACUUGUGAAUGUGAGAUACAGUGGGAAGAAUGGUUUGUUUUUUUAUGAAUCCUGUCAUGUAAAAUUUUCAAUGAAGUCAUCUGUUUUGUAGUAUCUGAUUUCUUCUUUGAAGAUUUGUGUAUUGCAAAAUAAAGACUUUCUUGAGAGAGCCUUUAAUGCAUCACUAAGAGGUGUAAAGUUCUCAAAUGACAUUUUGAAGAGUUUGA